AUGGGAAGCCUCUCAUACAAUAAUUCGCCAGACCUUGGCUGGGUCGUCCAGAAGUUCGGUGGUACCAGCGUGGGCAAGUUCCCCGACAAGAUUGCAAAAGACAUCGUCAGUAUGCUCUGCGAGAAGCACAGGCAAGAAGGCAGAGGACUUCUGGCCGUCUAUGUCAAGCUGAGAGGUGUCGGUGCUGCUAUAUGCUCUGACGAGGAGCAGCAGAACGAAUUGGUUGAGCAAGCACGCGGACUGAUGCUCGAUAUUUGUAACGACCAUGUCUUUGCCGCUGAAUCAUUCAUAAAGGACCAAAAUCUUCGUGAGACGCUCAUCCAGACCGUCAAGGAUGAGUGUCAGGAGCUGGUUGAGUACAUCGUGGCUGCCAAGCGAUUCAACCUCGAAAUCAACUCAAGAGCAAAGGACCGUGUCAUCAGCUUUGGCGAGAAGUUGAGUUGUCGAUUCAUGACGACUCUUUUGCAGGAUGUGGUGAGUACUCACCUUGACUUGUGUGCUGCGCGAAUUUCCAACCCCCUUGAAAUACAUGGAGUCGAAUCUGAAUACGUCGAUCUCUGCGACGCAUUCCACUAUGACGCCGCAGGCCGUCUCGACGACAGAUUCUACCGUACAGCUACUGAGGCUUUUACCCGCAAGAUUGCUGCUUGUGAGAACCGCGUCCCGGUCGUCACUGGAUUCUUUGGAAAUGUCCCCGGCAGUCUCAUCGACGGUGACAUUGGCCGUGGCUACACCGAUCUUUGCGCCGCCCUUCUCUCCGUGGGCGUCAAGGCUGAGGAACUGCAAGUCUGGAAGGAGGUCGAUGGUAUCUUCUCAGCCGACCCCUCAAAGGUUCCCACAGCGCGCCUCCUCUCAUCCAUCACCCCCUCAGAAGCAGCUGAGUUGACUUUCUACGGCUCAGAGGUCAUUCAUCAUCUUACCAUGGACCAAGUUAUCCGCGCCGAGCCUCCCAUUCCUAUUCGUAUCAAGAACGUCAAGAACCCCCGUGGCAACGGCACCAUUGUUGUUCCUGAUCGUAUGCGCUCUGCUAGCCAUCAGCUUACUCGCGGUUCUCCCACCCCCAAGGCUGAGGCAGAACACCGAAAGCCCAAGCGUCCUACUGCCGUUACCAUCAAGGACCAUAUCAGUGUCAUCAACGUGCACUCUAACAAGAGAUCCAUCUCACACGGUUUCUUCGCUCGUGUCUUCUCUAUUCUCAACCAUUACUCCAUCUCCGUCGAUCUUAUCUCUACCUCUGAGGUGCACGUUUCCAUGGCCAUUCAUGCUAGCAGCCAGCAGGUCGAGGCUUUCGCUAAUGCCGCCGCGGAGCUUGCUGAUUGCGGUGAUGUAAGUAUUCUCACCGACAUGGCAAUUCUGAGUUUGGUUGGUGCCGAGAUGAAGAACAUGGUUGGUAUUGCAGGACGCAUGUUCUCUACUCUUGGAGAGCACAACGUCAACCUCGAGAUGAUUUCACAGGGUGCUAGCGAGAUCAACAUCUCUUGUGUGAUAAGUGCACGGGACGCUACUCGCGCUAUGAACGUGUUGCAUACCCAUCUUUUCACUUUUCUCGAGUAA